CGUCGCAGCCGUCCACAGGUCAAAGCAUGCUCGCCGUGGGCCGAUCGAUCGCGAUGCGCAGCCUCCGCGCGUCCCUCCCGGCGACGUCGGCGGUCCGCGCCUUCCAUGGCAGCCGCCAGCUCCUGCGCUAUGAUGACUUUGAAAGUACGAUGCGUGCGACGCCCAUGAACAUGGGCGUCUUGAUCGUGCCGCAGCAGCGCGCCUGGGUCGUCGAGCGCUUUGGCAAGUUUCACUCGGUGCUGGACCCGGGUCUUCACUUUCUCAUUCCGGUCGUUGACCGCAUUGCGUACGUCCACUCGCUCAAGGAAGAAGCGAUCAAGAUUCCUGGGCAGUCGGCGAUCACAAAGGACAACGUCACGAUUCACAUCGACGGUGUCUUGUACGUCAAGAUCAUUGAUCCGUACCAUGCGUCGUACGGCGUCGAAGACCCGUUGUACGCCGUGACGCAGCUCGCGCAAACAACGAUGCGCUCGGAGCUCGGCAAGAUCACGCUCGACAAGACGUUCGAGGAGCGUGAGAGUCUCAACAAGAACAUUGUCUUGUCGAUCAACCAGGCCGCCGAGGCCUGGGGCAUCAAGUGCCUCCGGUACGAGAUCCGCGAUAUUGCGCCGCCAGCGAGCGUCAAGGCGGCCAUGGACAUGCAAGCCGAAGCCGAGCGCAAGAAGCGCGCCGAAAUUUUGGAUUCCGAAGGUGAACGCCAGGCGUACAUCAACGUGGCCGAGGGUAAGAAGCGUGCGAUCGUGCUUGAAGCCGAAGGUACGGCCGCGGCCAUCGUGGCGCGGGCGACGGCGUCGGCAGCGGCGAUCCGGUCGCUCUCCAAGGCCAUCGAGGAGGAUGGCGGCUCGAACGCCGUUGCGCUCCAAGUCGCUGAAAAGUACGUCGAGGCGUUCGGAAACGUCGCGAAGGAGUCGACGACCGUGCUGCUGCCGGCCAACACGAACGAUCCCGCGGCCAUGGUGGCGUCGGCGCUCUCGAUCUUUGCGAAUGUGCAAAAGAAGACGGGCGUCAAGCCCUCGACCGCCAAGGCACCCAAGGCAGACGACGCCGACUACGAGCUCGACGUGUUGCCGCCGCUGGACCACACCAAGCAGCCCUCGUCGUCGCCUUAGUGCCCUCUAUCUUGGUCGUCGACUAGAGAAAUGUACAGCCACGGUGCUCUUUUGAUCACUUGAUACAUUGAUACGAAACGAAUGAAACGCAUGGUCGUUGGACCCGA